AUGGGCCGACGCAAGAGUAACAGAAAGCCUCCUCCAAAAAGAAAGGCGGUUGUGCCCUUGCCAGUAGAGUUCAACUGCCCAUUCUGCAAUCACGAGGGAUCGUGUGAUGUGACGAUGGAUAGAGGACGUAGAUCUGGGAGGAUAGCGUGUCGAGUUUGUUUCGAGGACUUCCAGACAACCAUCCACUUCUUGACAGAGCCUAUUGACGUCUACAAUGAUUGGAUAGACGCGUGUGAGACUGCCAACUGAAUCCCCACUGCGUAUGCAUUGCGGUUCUGGUUGGUGACUGAAGAAUAAAAAUUAUCAAUAAGGGCAGUUUUGUAUCUUUUUUAUUAAUAAAAUAUUGUAUGUAUCGUAUAGUUAUGGCUUGAUACGGACAAAAUUGUAUUCACAUUUAUAUUGCAUAGAUUAAUUUGUAAAUAUAUUUUAUGUUAUACGCAUGUGCUUGUAUGAACUUUUUAUUUUGUAUCUACCUUAUUCCCUUUAAAUAUUUGAAAUAUGAAUUUACAACGAUUUCCUUAAUUGAGAAAUUGUAGAAGCUCCCUUAUAAACCAAUCUUUAAAUGUAAGCAUCCAGCAGUAAACAUUGGAGAAGAAGCAGGAAAUUCCCGUACAGGACCAAUAUUUUCGGAAUCCUACUAAUUGUACAACUGUCUUCGCCGUGACACCCUGCCGGCAGGCAAUAAGUCAAUAAUGUUUUUGCGGCUUAUAAUACAAGGGACGGCGCUAACUAGCGAGUCCGAGAAAUGUCAAACGGUUGAUCCUCAAGGGUAUCCGUGCAGGAGGUGUCCAUUGUCCAGCCCAGACAUAGCGGUACCCCGGUCGACGGUCGCAUGACUACCUGACGCCAUCCACCUUAACAUUUGCUUUACCCCUUUACCAAAGACAUUUCUGUUUAGCGACCUACCACCUCUCUUGAAUAACUUCUAUUCACCACUGUUCAGUUUAUAAUAAGGUCCAGAAAAGUGGCAUUACCUGAAUAAUAUGAGCGUAUAAUUUUGUAGUUAGUGUAAAUCUAUGCAACGGCUACAUAUAUUACAUAAAUGGUGAAAUUCUAUAUGAAAACUUGAGCAAUAUAUUUCAAUAUUAAUAUUUCAAAGAGUUAAAGGACUGUAUCUAAAAAAUAAUAAUUUAUGUAAUAUCUUACAAGGGGCUGUUUAUAAUAUUACUUGAAAAAAAGCAAUGUGAAAAUCCACCGAUACAAUGUAUCUAAGUAUAUUUGUGUGGAAUUAAUUGUGACCUUUUAAGUGCUGAAUAUUAGGAUAUUUUAAGUGUGUUUUUUUAAUGAGUUUAAAUUUUUAUACCGAAUACUACGAACACAAAAGGAAUAGGAGAGAUAAUACCUUAUUUAUUUACAAAAAUAUAACUCGAAAAUAUUGAAUUGGGUUUUUUAUUUGUCCGCAAUAAACUUAACCACGUGUGAAAACUUUCCUAGUAAACUGUUAUUUAAAGGCUGCAACAAAACCGGCAAUCUAUAAAUUUCUAGUGAUAAAACACUAUUUCAGUACCAAAUAGCACGGUGAGUCGAAAACCAUAAUGCGAGAUGUUUUUCGAGAGUAAUUUCAAGCAAUUAGAUAUAAUAUAUUAGUUAAAAGGUCUCUUAAAAUUGUAUUUAUUUCCGUUGAAAAAAGGACGUAAAAUGGUAAUACAAGGUGUAGUGGUCUAUUUCGAAAUUUUGCAUUUUUAAACCUUUGCAGGCCUUUCUUCUGAGCCCGAUAGCCGGCAAACCGUUCCCCAAAUCGGGAAUUGGCUGAGCGUUAGCGAAGUGUCAAUACUAGAUAGAUACAGAGUGUUUUUUAAUGACUUACUUAAAUUAUACAAAGUAAGGCCCAAUUCCUG